AUGAAAUCGUUAUUAAUUGUGCUGUUGUGCUAUUACGCUAAUCAAGCUGCUGGUUUUGAUGAAAGCGAUAUUGUGUUUUGCAUAUUUGCGCAGCAACCGCGAAAUAUUUCAUACAAAGACUUUAACUUGCUGCCUGAAACGGGAUUCAAUAAAAAGUUACCUACCAUUUUCGUCAUUCAUGGAUUUCAGUCGGGAUAUGCAUUGUUAGAGUCAUUUCGACAAGACUGGAGUGGUCUGGCGACAAAAAUGAAUCUGAUUGGAAUUGAUUGGUCAAAGGGAUCGUCAACUUGGAACUAUAAUACAGCCGUGUCACGAACCCCAACAGUUGGCAGUGCAGUGGGCCAGUUUAUCAUGUCGUCAAUCAGAAAUAAUCUCAUACCAGAUCCGCGUAUUAUUCAUGUCGUUGGCCAUAGUUUGGGGGCUCAUAUUGCGGGUUUUGUUGGGAAAUAUAUGGCUGCAAGUAUACCAUUUCCAGCAACAUUGGAGCAUAUUACUGCACUUGAUCCAGCUGGUCCAUUUAUUGGAAGUUAUGAUUGCUCCCGUCGACUAUGCGUCACUGAUGCUGCCUUCGUGGAAACCCUUCACACUAAUGGUGGAGCGCUCGGUAUGUGGGAAGCAAUCGGAUCUCUUGAUAUGUACUUGAAUGGUGGAAUAUCACAACCGGGUUGUUGGCUUCCAACGUGUUCUCAUUCAUUUUCACAUGAAUGGUAUCGA